CAUUAUUCUUCUCACACCAAGUAAAAAAGGUAAACAAACAAAAAGCAAAAAAGUUAUUAUUCUUGAUUUUAUUGAAAACACAAAAAAACAAAUAACAAAGAAAUUUAAAAAUACAUCUAUUAUUAUGGAAUGUUUAACGAGACAAGCUGUUGCAAAGCCUUCGUCAGCACCAUUAUCAGCCUUAGUAACUUCAACAACAGCUUCAGCAGCUGUAGCAUCAUCACCGGGUUCAGCUUCUGCUCCAGCUGCUGCUCCAGCAACACCACCAGCUUCUUCGGCAAUACCAACUACAACAACUAAUAAUGUUCCAACACCAGUAUCGUGUAGUACAAAUGUUGUAACCAUUCCAGUGCCGAUUGUUAGCCAGGAAGACAUUUAUACGUAUGUAAGCAUUAAAGGAUCUCUACACGAUCGUACCACCGCAGUUUUUGGUUUAAAUAACGAUGAAGUAUUGGCAUUGUCGAAACGUUUUGAAAAUGGUACUACACAAAUUGUAAAUGGAAUUAUAAUUAAUACACCACCAAUGCAACUUAUUAAUACAUUGAGUCAAUUGGGUUAUAAAGUUAUUUGUAGUACUGGUGAAGCUGAAAUUGUUUGGACUAUGCAACGUGAAGUUUAAAGGCGUUAAAUAAGAAUCUGUGCAAUACAUUUAUAAAAAUAAAAAAAUAUUUAAAAAAUAACCAUUCUUCGUUGUCUUUUAAGAAUUAUCUUCAAAAGAAAAUACAAAAAAAAAAGACACUUGAAGGACUUGAAAAAUAGUGAACUUUAUGAAUUAAGAUAUUUGUGACUGUAAAGUAGUUGUUGUUUUCUUUUAUUAUAUUAAUUUUAUAAUUGUUUUAUUUAUAAAAAAAAAAGGAAAAA